ACAGUGAAGGCACAAUUAAAGAUACCUCAUUUGUGAAAAUAUUUCUGAUGAUGCAUCCUUGGUACAUAUCGUCCACCGAUUUAUCCAAGAAACUGCUGCUACAGUCACAGGCAGGCAGCACUGAAGAUAUCAGAGCCAAAAUAUGCCACCUCGUCAAGUACUGGAUUUCCGAAUUUCCAGUAGAGUUUGAUCUGAAUCCUGCUUUGGCUGACCAGAUAAAAGACCUGAGAGAGAACCUGAACACUGGCGGCAAUGAAACACAGAGUCAACUGAUUGAUGUAGAGAAUGUGUAA